AUGUUUCGCAAUGCAUGGAGAGUGAAUGGAUCAUUGUGGGUUGAAGAAGCGGAGGGACAAAGGGUUCUCUUUACUUUGUCUGACGAAGCAGAUAGGGAUCGAAUUUGGAAGGGAGCUUCUAGGGGGUAUAACCAUGCACCGGUUGCCCUAGCCUACUAUGAUGGUGUUGCUGCAAUCGAACCUAUCUCCCUUACGAAGUCUUCAUACUGGAUCACACUGCAGGGCAUCCCUCCUGCGUUUAGGUCUAAGAGGGUGAUGACAAUGAUUGGAUUUACUCUCGGUGAUUUCAAGGAGAUUGAUAAACAGGCCAAGAAAGUUGGAAAUCUUCGCAUCAGGGUGGAAAUACCUUUCAACAGGCCGCUCUCUUUCAAACACUGGUAUUGGGUGGAGGAUGAGGUUGAGUUUCUUUGCAAAUUUAGGUAUGAUAAACUCUUUGGUCGAUGCUUGAUCUGUGGCUUUGUUACUCAUGGAAACCUACCUUGUUCGAGGCCUCCAUUGGGAGAAGAUGAUGAGGUUGAGUGCAAGGUAUUGGGUGCAUCACCGGCGGCUACGCCAUCUGCAUCGAAUAUGCAGCUUAUUGGGGUCAAUACUUAG